UUGGAUCAAGUGCGGCGUACAGAGCAAGCUGCAUUAAGAUCACCGGCAGCACAGGAGCAGCGGCACGCACUGGGGAGACGCUGCUUCUGCCUUCUUCCAGGCAUUUUUACCGCGCGGAUCUUACUUGUCUGCCGGGGGAGAUCUGUGUAUUUUUUUUUUUGACCGUCUUCUCCCUUUCCACCCUCCCCUCUCUUGUUCACACACUCACACUGAGACGCACACACAUCCCUCUGAUUGUUCCUACCACCUCCUUGGUGAGUUACCGACAACGACAGCCAUUCAAUCAGCUGCUACUGCCGCUGGAGAGACUCGCGGACUGUGUGACUGCCUGUUCAGGGAAGAAAAGAUUCAGAUGUAGCUUUUCUGGUGUUUUUUUUCGGUUGGAUCGAGGAACCGGAGAGAGGCACCGAGGCGGCGGAGGACUGAGUCUUUGCCAUUGGGGCUGCCGUGCUGGAAAGGAAAACUCUCGCCCAUUGGGGUGAGAGGACGAGAUACACACACACACACAUACCCACAAUUUUCGGCCGGAUGAAAAUGUUGAAUCCUGCCAACGGAGAGCAGCUCCAUUUAGCGAACUAUGUGGAGGAUUACCUGGACUCGAUCGAAUCGCUGCCUUUCGAUCUGCAGAGAAAUGUCUCCCUGAUGAGGGAAAUUGACGCCAAAUACCAAGAGAUCUUAAAAGAACUCGAUGACUAUUAUGAAAAAUUCAAACGGGAAACAGAUGCAGUACAAAAGAGAAGAUUAUUGCAUUGUAUACAGAGGGCACUGAUUCGAAGUCAAGAACUGGGAGAUGAAAAGAUCCAGAUUGUCAGCCAAAUGGUAGAACUUGUCGAGAACAGAACUAGACAAGUUGAUAGUCAUGUAGAAUUAUUUGAAACCUGCCAAGAGACUAAUGACAUUACUGGAAAUAGUGGUAAGACUAACCAAGAUAAAUCAAAGAAUGAAACACUGACUCAGGCAGAAAAGCCCAACAAUAAGCGAUCCAGGAGGCAAAGAAAUAAUGAAAACCGUGAGAAUGCUUCUAAUAAUCACGAUCAUGAUGACAUCACUUCAGGAACUCCAAAGGAGAAGAAAGCAAAAACCUCCAAGAAAAAGAAGAGGUCUAAGACCAAAGCAGAGAGGGAGGCUUCCCCUGCAGACCUGCCCAUUGAUCCCAAUGAACCAACCUAUUGUUUGUGUAACCAGGUCUCCUAUGGAGAAAUGAUAGGCUGUGACAAUGAUGAAUGCCCAAUUGAAUGGUUUCACUUCUCUUGUGUGGGACUCAAUCAUAAACCCAAAGGCAAGUGGUACUGUCCCAAAUGUAGAGGAGAAAAUGAGAAAACGAUGGACAAAGCCCUGGAGAAAUCUAAAAAAGAAAGAGCUUACAACAGGUAGUUUCUAGAUCAGAAGCAAAUAAAGCUCUGAGAACUGAUAUUUAUUUCCUGCCUCACCUUUUGUUGAGGUUGCAGGAUUGUAAAUGUAUAUUUUUAAAGGAGGUUAUACAUCAGACCAUUCUUGUCAUAGGAAUGAAUGGCAAUAGGAAAAAUGUUUGGUUUUUUUCCUUUGAUACAGUUGUUAGCAAAAAAAAAUGAACUAUUGGUCAAGACAUAGAGCAAAAUAAUAAUGUUAACAUGUAAUAAUGUUCAGGUUCAUCUUAUAAAAAACAUAUUUUCACAAACUGGUAAGACUUCACCAGUGAAAAAUGUAGGUGGAAACUUGAAUAACAUUUUCCAUUCUUCCUUGUAGAAGAAUGUGGUCUUGUUUGUCCAGAAAAUUAUUCUGUAGUUUGAAUAAAGCAGCAUUACCUUGCAAGUUCAAUUAAAAAUACAACCAAAUGAAGAGCUUAGGGUGCUUAAACCACCUUAUUUUAGUUAGGUUUAAGCACACUUCACUCUGAAUUGGUUUUAUGGCUAUUUACUUGGAAGUAUGUUUUCUUCGUUUCAGUUAAAAAUAAUGCCAAAACUAUGAGAGAUCACUAUACACUCUAUUAAUACAUCUUACAUUAAAGACCAUUGCUUUCAGUAGGUUUUGGUUUCUAAGACAGAUGGUGACUGAUGCAAUAGCAAAGGAAAAGAAGUUACAGCAUGGCUCCUGUUAAAUGUGUCACUCUUAAUAGCUCUCAAUGACAACAUGUUACAAGCUUAUUUUUUAAAAUGCAAAAGGUUAAAUUUUACACAACAUAUUUUAUAUACUGGCCAACUACCAGAAAGGCCUUUUAAAAAUGAUUUAGUAUAUUUUGUAUUUAACCAGAAAAUGGUUUAGUAGUGAAAACUUAACAUAAAUCAAGGCUUUAUACUGUCACAGAAUAAUAGUGUAGCAGUCUUUACUUUGUAUAAGUUGUACAAAUGUACAUUUUCAAGUGGAGUUGCACUUAACUGUAUUAUAAUUGGAAAUGCAUCUACAUGCCAUGAUGUAGUCAAUAUGCAUUUCCUUCUGUAUGUAUGAAAGUUGUACAGUUGUGAUACUAAGAAAUAAAUUAAACAAAUUGAAUAAUCCAA